ACGGUUUUGUGAAUGUUGCUAAUUAAUUUACAUGUUUUGCUGUUAAGUAAAACAUUUUAUUUAUUAUGUUUGAAUCACAGGAUAACAAUGCAGUGCAACAAGCGAAACCGGUCACACAUAGAUUUCCAAAAACAGUCAUCGUUGUUCUUCUAAUCGUUGUCUUCGAACGUUUUUCAUUUUCGCUGAGUAGAGCUGUUCUUACACUUUAUUUAAGAAGUAAAUUAGAUUAUUCAGAAGAGGUUGCUACAGAAAUUUAUCAUAUGUUUACAACUUUCGUUACCUUCUCUCCUGUUGUUGGUGCCAUUUUAGCUGACAAUUAUUUUGGUAAAUUUAAGACUAUCUUGUACAUUAUGUUUAUAUAUGCUGCUGGAAAUAUAAUAUUAACUGUGACAGCAGUCCCGAAUAUAGAGAUACCAAAAAGGAUUUGUUCCAUCAUUGGGCUUUUCCUAAUAGCUCUUGGCACAGGCGGCAUAAGACCAUGCAUAAGUGCGUUCGGUGGCGAUCAGUUUAUUUUACCACAGCAAGAAAAACACUUGACAUUAUAUUUCAGUAUCUUAUACUUUAAUAUUUGCAUUCCUACAUUGGUUGCGAAGACAGUGUCUCCUAUUCUACGAUCUGACGUGUAUUGUUUUGGUGAUAAAGAUUGUUAUUCUCUACCAUUUGGAGUAUCAGCUCUGAUUAUAUUAAUUUCAAUAAUUAUAUUUGUCAGCGCCAAGAAUUGGUAUAUUAUGAGGAAAUCGGAGGGUGAUAAAGUCAUUCGUUUCGUGAAAUGCAUAUUGUUGGGUGUUAGGAAUAAAGUUCUCAGAAAGAAAAGUGAACAUCAAAAUUGGCUAGAUUCUACUGAACCUACGUAUGAUAGAGGGUUUAUACAGGAUGUUAGAAAGACAAUUUCUAUCUUAACAAUGUUCAUUGCUCUUCCAAUGUUUUGGGCACUAUUGGAUCAGUUGGGUUCGAGGUGGACGCUACAAGCCACUAAAAUGGACGGACGAUUUGGAUAUAUUACAAUCAAACCAGACCAGUUGCCUGUAUUUGAUACUAUGUUUAUUCUCAUUCUCAUCCCAUUCACACAACAGUAUGUAUACCCGUUUCUGACGACACGUUCGAUACUCACUAAUCCACUACACAAGCUGACUUUAGGCGGAGUGUUGGCAGCGCUUGCAUUUGUUUUCUCCGGAAUCGUAGAGAUUUAUAUUAAACCAACUUACCCUGUACUGCCUGAACCUGGAUUUUCACAACUCCGUAUAUAUAAUGGCAAUCCCUGUUCAAUAUCCAUUCUAAAUGACCAGCAAAAUAUUAUGUACACUAUUCCAUCUCUUUCACAUUUCACAAAUAAACAAAUGAAUGUGAAAAAUACGACGGAGGUUCGAUUCAGAUUUGACGGGAGUUGCAUCGAAGCCAAAGAUGAAAUAUUUUCUUUGGAAGACAAUAUGGCUAUAUCAUUUUUUAUAUCUGGCAAUAAUAUUGAAAGGUUUAAAGAGAAUGUAGAUAAAAGUAAGUCUGGGCUACCAGUUGUUAGAUUCCUCCUUACAGAUCAUAUAGAUACUUCAAAUUUGAGUCUUUUCAAUGAAAUUCAUAAAGAAGUUGAGGUGUAUCUCUCCGCCGGAAUCAGUUCACAAAUGGAAGUAUUUAUGGCAGAAUAUACUAUAAGAGAUGGUGGUAACAUAAUUGCUCGCGAAAUAAAAAUGGAUAAUGGUGGAGUAUACAAUAUUAUAAUGGAGAAAGUUGAUGACAAUUACGAAACAAAUUUGAUAACAAUAACGCAACCCAACUCUAUAACAAUGGCGUGGCUGCUGCCACAGUUACUGAUGAUCGCUAUGGCCGAGGUGUUGUUUGCUAUUACCGGUAGUGAGUUCAUAUUCAAAGAGGCUCCGAAAAGCUUGAAGUCAGUGAUGACUGCUGCUUGGUUGAUUAUUGAAGCUAUAGGGAACAUUAUCAUCAUUGUUAUUACAAGAAUUUUUAUCGAUUAACGACAGGUGAGUGUAGUGCUAUUCCG